CACAGAGACUUUUCACCCUUAUCAUCCUCUCCUGUCUUCUGUGAAGAGAAGUUAACCGGAAAAUGCUCUCGGCCACCGCGGGGUAAACGGCCGAUGCUCCGGUACUCACGAGUGGAAUAAUCGGUGCAGGCGGACGAUCACCUGUGUGGACAUGUAUCAAGGUGUAACGAUGACCACAAACCACGGACACGCGUCUUACGAGCCCGGUUUCCUCCAUAACGCGGCCACUUCCCCGGUGUACGUGACACCCACCCGGGUAACCCCGAUAAUCCCGGCGCUCCCAUACCUCCAGACCCCCCAGCAGAGCAACCCCGGGUCCGGACACCCGGGAUGGGCGCAAUCGGGUGCGGACACCUCUUAUAAUCAUUCCACACAUCAUUCUCCGGUGUCCAGGUUCACUUUCUCAGCGAGCCCUCCGUUAACCUCGCAAGCCCGGGAGACUGCGACGUACACGAGCCCGCUGAACAUCAGCACGGGCGCCCGGGAGCAUUACGGUUCCCGCGGGCUGAGUGGCUCGUAUCACACCGGGUACCCGGCCUACGUGAGCCCGAGUAUCGGAGGCUCGUGGGCGGCCUCGCACUUCGACGGUUCCGUGAUGCACACCGGAGGACCCGCGCGACACCCGAAUAUAGAGCUGCUGGAUGAGUUUGCGGAGGGCCGUGAGUGUGUGAACUGCGGGGCGAUGUCCACUCCUCUGUGGCGACGGGACGGGACGGGUCAUUAUCUGUGUAACGCCUGUGGACUCUAUCACAAGAUGAACGGGAUCAACCGGCCACUCAUUAAACCUCAGAGACGACUGUCGGCCUCCAGGCGUGUGGGUUUGUCCUGUACGAACUGUCAGACGAGCACAACGACUCUCUGGAGACGUAAUGCCGAGGGAGAGCCGGUCUGCAACGCCUGCGGACUCUACAUGAAACUCCACGGGGUUCCUCGUCCUCUCGCCAUGAAGAAAGAGGGAAUUCAGACUCGCAAGCGCAAACCCAAAAACAUCGACAAAUCCAAACCUGGAGUGUGUGAAGGUCAGAGGUCAUCCGGUGUCCUGAACUCCAGUCCCACAGAAGAGCCGAAAGCCAUAAAGACAGAGCCGGAGACGCCAUCGCUUUACGUGCACACGCCGGCGUUUCCAUCUUACACGGGCCCUGCGAGCGCCGGCUCGGCCCUGAAGCUCUCUCCCGGCGGCUCGUCCGGCUCCAGGACCGACGUCUGGAACAGCCUGAUCCUGGCGUGAGGCCCCGGGACUCUUCAUCCGGCCCCCGGAGCUCGUCAUCGGAUCAGACGUGUGUGAACGAUCAACAGAUCAUAGCAGAAACACAGGACCUGAUUGAGAACUCUUGAGCCCCUCGCGUCCGGCGGAUCACGUGAACAUGAUAUAAGCUUAUGUUCAAGUGUACUGUAUUUUAAACCGUUCAGAUGAUGUUCAGCUGUCACGCGUCACGUUUUGCACAUGCAAACACAACACUUUUCUCCUGAAAAUGUGCAAAUGUUGCUAUUUUUACCCAUUCUGUGUGUUGCUCUUCAUAAUUUAAGUGAAGCUCAAAGCACUCGUACUGUACUUUAAUGGACCCUUCUCUUUCUGCGUCAUCUGCAGGGAAAUGUUGUCGUGAAUAUUAAUAAUCAUAUGAGCUGAUAUCAUUUGGACUGUUGUGUAUUAGCAAAACUUUCUGUCCUGAAAGCCACUUCCUUAAAAAAUAACCUUCACCGCAUUUUGACUUCCUUUUAAUAUCUUUGUCGCAGAUGAUCUCCUUUAAUUUCAACUUCUUGUAUUUAUUUCUAGAGUAAACAGGGUUACAGUUUUACUUUCUGACUGGAAAGAUGACAAACAGUCCAUUUAUUUUACAUUAGCCUUUUCUCAUUAGCCUGUAAAGAAAAUGUGUAAUUCUUUUCUUGUAUUCUAUAUAGUAUUAAGUGUAUAUAACUGUACCUAUGGCAAACGACUCACUCCAUGUUUAACUGUUGUUUUUAAGACACACAACAUAUGUGAAAAUUUGAUUAAAUGCUCAUGAUUCUAUAUU